GUGGCAGUAUGAUUCAAAGUAUAUUUUGCGCGGAAAAUGCUUCGCCUUACAACUAUGUAGAUUUAUUUGUGACGAGUGGCAGUUAUAUCUCCCAAUCUCUCCGUUGAAUAUUGAGUGACUCUUUUGGAAAGUCUAGAAUUAACAGGUAGCGGCCGGUCGUCACAAAUGACUUCAUAUUCACCCAACAGAUCACCUUGAUACUUUGCUGCGUUUCAUUUUGAAGGAAAUAGUAUCAUGGCUAUCAUUGAUGCUAUGAUAGUGGAAACUGGAAACAAGUCCUUGGAAAUCUAGAGGGGAAACCUGAGACAUAGUUGGGUAUUUCACUUGUUGACUUGGUUAAAGGGAUGAAUCCAGGAAGAAAUGGGAACCAGUGGAGAAGGGACCAAAUUUCAGUGCAAGCUUGUAGGGAUAACAGAUGUCACUAGCCCAGAGGGUAUGGAUAUGUGUGCAGAGGCUUUUGGGAAAUUAAAGGCUCAGGCAAAGAAAAAGUGGCUGCACAAAGAGAGGGUGACACUGACUGUUAUUAGUUUGGAAGGUAUCAGGAUAGAAGAUGAGACUUCUCAAAAAGUGAAGCAUAUGCAUCCUGUCAAGAGAAUAACAUUUGUCAUUCCUGACCCGGAUGAUAGGAAAAUAUUUGGUUAUGUUUUCAGUCAACCUGAUUGUUCCACUGGACAUAAAUUUUAUGCCCUGAAGUCAGAAAAUGCAAAGGUCAUAGUUGAUGCCAUUAUUGAACUUUUUGUGGAAUCAGUUAAUCUUAGACAAAGAGCUGGAUUAGCAAAGGAGCAGGUCCCCAGAAAUUCAUCAAAUGAGAACCAGACCGAGCAACAAGAAACGAGAGCUCGUUUAUCCAACUUACAGGAACAGCUCAGGGAAAAAGAUGACCAGUUGUGAGAGAAGGAAGGGAUAAAUCUAAACCUGAAAACUCGCUUGAAUACAGAAAAUCAACAACUGGAAGAGAAAAUUAGACAGGAAGAGAAUUCAAACCAAAAAAAAGAAAAGAAAGAGGAUCGAGUUGAGAAUUUACGAACGAACCUGAAAGAU